CAAAACAAGGCUUCGUUGAGUGGUUUUUAGAGAGAGAGAAGAGAGAGAGAGAAAGAGUGUGGGCGAUGGAAGCGAAGCACAACAGUGUCCGUCGCUCUCUCUCUGUCUCAGUCGAAUCGCUCCUUUUAUUCCAUUCUCUCUUCUCCUUCAAGUUUCUUCUCUCACCCCUUCAUAAAUUCCAACACUAAUACUUUCUCUCUCUACGUAUACAUACAUACAUACAUACAUACCAUAUAUAUAUAUAUUUGUGUAUGUAUCGACAUUUUGAUCUGACAAUUUUUUUCGUUACUCAAUCCAUUUCCUGAACAGUGCAAUGCUCGGAUUAGAGCUCUGUUUCAAGGAUUUGUUUGAUUCUGACUCAGAUGAGCUUCGAUUCGACAACUCUUUGAAUUCGAGUUGCUUCGUGAAGGGAGGGUUGUUUCUCGAAUCAGAUGUUCCAUCUUCGUUUGUUUCGUUUCUUCUGACGAACAACUCUUCUUCGGGUAGUGUUUCGAGGUCUUUCUCGUGUUCCCGGAGGGCUCGCCGGAGGGCGAUCGGUUUGGAGGGAUUCCGGCGAGGGAGGGGAGGCGGCGGCGGGUUUUUGUCGGUGAGCUUGUCGAUUAAGGGGAGUGGGGAUGGGGAAGGGCUUGUUCGGGAAUCGAGUGAAAUUUUGGGGCAAAAUGGAGAUAAAAGUGGGGAGGAAGAGACCGUUGUGUUUGAAGAAGAGAAGAAACAACGGAAAGCUGGGUUGCAGGGAGGAAGAGCUGCCUUCAACACCACCAAGCAUCUCUGGGCUGGAGCUGUAGCUGCUAUGGUUUCAAGAACUUUUGUUGCUCCACUCGAGAGGCUAAAGCUGGAAUAUAUAGUACGUGGUGAACGGAAGAACCUUUUUGAGCUUAUGAAUGCGAUUGCAGCUUCUCAAGGACUGAAAGGCUUUUGGAAAGGAAAUUUUGUCAAUAUUCUUCGCACCGCUCCAUUUAAGGCUAUCAAUUUCUAUGCUUAUGAUACAUACAGAAGUCAAUUGCUCAGACUAUCUGGGAAUGAAGAAACAACAAAUUUUGAAAGGUUCGUUGCAGGUGCUGCAGCUGGAAUUACUGCUACUAUACUGUGCAUACCUAUGGACACGAUCAGGACCAAGAUGGUAGCACCCGGUGGGGAAGCCUUGGGUGGUGUAAUUGGUGUUUUUCGUCACAUGAUCCAAACUGAAGGAUUCUUUUCUCUUUACAAGGGCUUAGGACCAUCGAUUAUAAGCAUGGCGCCUUCAGGUGCAGUUUUCUAUGGUGUUUAUGAUAUAUUGAAAUCAGCUUAUCUGCAUUCACCGGAAGGAAGAAAAAGAAUUCAACACAUGAAACAAGAGGAUCAGGAACUAAACGCAUUGGAAAAACUGGAGUUGGGCACCAUUAGAACAUUAGUAUAUGGGGCAAUUGCUGGUGCUUGUUCUGAAGCUGCUACAUACCCAUUUGAGGUUGUGAGGAGACAGCUUCAAAUGCAAGUUCGGGCAACGAGAAUGAGUGCACUGGCAACUUGUGCCAAGAUAGUUGAGCAAGGUGGUGUGCCUGGUCUUUAUGCGGGAUUAAUUCCCAGCUUAUUACAGGUUUUACCAUCGGCUGCUAUUAGUUACUUUGUGUAUGAGUUCAUGAAGAUAGUUCUUAAAGUGGAGUCGGCAUCAAAUUAAUCGUUUCCGGUGAAGCACCAGAGGGCACUUGUGUCAGUGGACACCGGAAAUGGCACAUAUGUUUUUUUUUUUUCCUUGAGGGGCUCCCGGUUAUGUUUUCCGUUGGCCUUUUGGUGAGUCAGUUUGAACAAGAACAUCUCACCCAUAUAUUCAACACAGAUCCAAAAGAAUUUUCUUCAGCCUUGGCGAUUUUCAAGUCUAUAGCCUAUAGCAGAAGAGGGUGGCUCUAAGUUUUGUUGGACAAGAGAAUUUUCCAAACUGGUAGUAGAGUCGCACCAAAUAAGUUCAUCAUAUUUUGUGGCACUAGUAGAUUCAUGUUUUUUUGUUUUUAAUUUUUUUAUUUUAUGAAAUAGUUUACAAGCAAGUUAUGUUUUUCCUCUUACACUCUGCUGCCCUUGGACUAGUCACAAAUUUGCCCUUCUCAUCUACAAGGACAAAAUACAAUUUUUUUUGUUUUU